AUGGCCCUGUACAGUGGUGAUCACGGUGGUGAAAGUGAGGAAGAAGUUACUGCCGGAUUUUUUGUUUACUCUAAGCAACCUCUAUUAAACCUAGAUGGAACAAAAGACUCUGUGAAGCAAGUAGAUAUUGUUCCAACUUUAGCUGCUAUCCUUGGAGUUCCAAUACCGUUUCAAAAUUUAGGGAUACUGAUUCCGAAUUGUUUACCAAUCACAAAUGAAUCAUUUGAAAUCGAAACCUGGCGCUUAGUUCUUUAUCAUUUAUGGGUUAAUGUUAAUCAAGUUCAAAAUUACAUUAAAGAAUAUUCUGAGAGUACAAAUACUUUCAAUGAAGAUAUAUUAAAUAAGUUUUAUCAGAUGUAUUUUUUAUUAAAAACAGAAUUAAUCUCUGUUAAUAAUGAAGAACAUUUUUUACACUUGUAUGAAGAUAUUGUAAAUUUUUUAUUUAAUUUACGUAAAAUGUGUGAGAAUGUUUGGAUACAAUUUGACUCAUUUUCCAUGACAAGAGGAUUAUUAUUUUUAUUUACAUCCCUGUUUUUUGUAUUUGUGAUAACAGACGGUAUACCCUAUAACAGAUUAUCCGAAAUUUUUAUGAGUUCAUUCGUUUUAUGUUCCUGUAUAAUGUUAUUUUUAGCAGCUGCUUCUGGAUUUGUUUUAUAUUAUUUUGAAAUUGUUGAUAGUUUAUUAAGCGUGAUUAUUUUCUUUACAGGCAUUGUAUCACAAAUGAUUUUUGUUAUUCUCAUUGUCCAGAACUGGGAACUGAUUAGUCUAAAUUGGUAUGAUAGGAACAAAAAAGAAAAAAUACCUAAUUUAAUAUGUCGAAUAGUUUUAGCAUUCAAUAUUUGUGGGUUAUUUUCAAAUAGUUAUAUAAUUGAGGAAUCUUUUGUUCUUCUGUUUUUGUUAAUUACCGUUAUACUUGUAGGAACAGCAAAAGUUACAUUGUUCAAUAACAUGAAUAUCAAAUGCAGAAGCAAUUUAACAAAUAUUUUAAAGUGGCCUAAAUUAAAGUUGUUAUUAUUUUCUGUUUGUAUAGCAACAUUAGUAAGGGUUUCAAUGUAUUUUUGGCGCUGCAGAGAAGAACAACAGUGGUGUUUUGGAAAUCCACAUGAAGUCAGCAAUAUAACUGUAAAAAUAGAAACGACUAAAAUACAGUGGGCCAUUGCAGUUAUUUCUUUAGCAGUAUUUGUUUUUAUGACAAAAGAAUGGUUAAGAAACUGUGGGAAUUUAAAUGGAUACUCAUUAACAGUAAUUCUUGUUAAAUUUGUGCCUACUGUUAUUGUGGUGUGCAUAGGUGGUUAUUGGGUAUUAAAAAGACUUCCAUCGAAUAAAAGGCAACCGAAUCCAUUUAAAUUUGUUGAGGCACUAGCAUGGUUAACAUAUGCACUAACUUUAUUUGGUAUAGUAGCAACUAUUAUAAAACCUUUGUGUACAUAUAUUAUUCCGGGAAGAAAUUUCAUAGAAGAGGAGAAUAAAAUUUCAAUAUUGUUUAAGAAAAUUAAGAGCACCCUAUUGGAACAACAACAAUCUAAUGAAGAAAUUCCAAUUAUUUGUGGAUUAGGAAGUGUCUACAGUACAGCAUUUAUUAUCAUUGGUAUUUAUGUGACACUGAUAUUUAGUUUAUUACUCAGUGACACCUUCGCACCAUCCGCUGUAAUUAUGUUUCUAACAGCAGCAUUUAUUUUAAUUAUAACAGCAGUUUUAAGAAUUGAGAAAGCAACUUCCCAAGAGGAACUCUUUGAUAUACCAAAUAUAUUGAUACUGGUAUGGAUAAUUUUAGCACAGUACUUUUUUUAUGCUUUUGGACAUCAACCUACUUUUCCGAAUAUAUCUUGGGAAGCAGCUUUUAUUGGUACAUCCGGAAUUUUCUUCAGUCACAUUAUACAAGGCACAUUGAUAAUAAUAAACACUUUCUGUUCAUACAUUUUAAUGGGUCUGUUGUUGCCUUUGUUGUUGAUAACACCAUUUACUGUUUUUAUAAUGAUACCAUCAGUUGUUGGAAAGAAACCAAAUGAUUUGCAAUUAAUAUCCACCAAAGGAGAAAUGGGCUUGAUUGAGAGAAAUAAUUUGAUGUUAUCAUCAAUAUUCGUAUUGUCCUGCAAAUAUAUAAUGGGUCAUGGAAUAAGGAUGCACAAUAUUCUGUCAUUCUGAAGUUUUCGAGGAUAUUUUUGACAGUGACUAAAAGGAAAAUAGCGGAUUAUUAAAUGCGUAAUAAAAAUCAAUCAAAUCGAUAUUAAUCCUGUCAAAAUAUA